AGUGCUAAGAGGUGACAUGACGGAUGUACACAAGUGAAAAGGAGGAAGCAAGCCCAGGACAAGAAAGCAGAAGCCUCGCUGCACAGGCUCUCACGGGCCGAGCUGAUGACUGCCCGGGCACAGGACACAGCAGGAGCCCACCGCCUGCCCAACGAGGCCGAUGCUGGAGGAGACACUCAACGCCACGGCCAUGCAGGCCUUCAACAAGUCUGAGCUGUGUCCCCGGGACACGCGGGUGACGCGGCUGGUGUUCCCGGUCCUCUAUGCGGUGGUCUUCUUGACUGGCAUCCUGCUCAACUCCUUGGCCCUGUGGGUGUUCGUUCACAUUCCCAGCAACUCCACCUUCAUCGUCUACCUCAAAAACACGCUGGUGGCCGACCUGGUAAUGACACUCAUGCUUCCUUUCAAAAUCCUCUCAGAUUCACAGCCGUGGCUGUGGCGCCUCAGGGCUUUCGUGUGUCGCUUCUCGUCCGUGAUCUUCUACGGGGCCAUGUACGUCAGCAUCGUGCUGCUGGCUCUCAUUGCUUUUGACAGGUUCCUCAAGAUUGCCAGGCCGUUUGGGAAGCUUUUUGCAAAAAAAACUGUUUUUGCAAAAAUUGCCUCAAUGCUCGUCUGGGUUCUUUUCUUCCUCAUCUCCGUGCCAAACAUGAUCUUGAGCAACAAGGAAGCCACCCCAUCGUCUGUGAAGUGUACGUCCCUAAAGGUGCCCCUGGGGUUGAAAUGGCACCGGCUGGUAAAUUACAUAUGCCAGGGUGUUUUCUGGACUAUUUUUGUCUUGAUGCUUCUGUGUUAUGUGGUGAUUGCAAAGAAAGUGUACGAUUCUUCCAGAAAGUUCCAAAGCAAGGAGGGCAAGGGCAGAGCAGUGGAGGGGAAGGUAUUCGUGGUGAUGGCCAUCUUCUUCCUGUGUUUCGCCCCCUUCCACUUUGUCAGAGUCCCGUAUACUCAAAGCCAGACUAGCAAUCACACUGACUGUAGGCUGGAAAACCAACUGUUUGUCGCCAAAGAAUCAACUCUCUUCUUGGCGGCAACUAAUAUUUGCAUGGAUCCCUUGAUAUACAUGCUCUUGUGUAAAAAGUUCACGGAAAAACUGCCCUUUUUGAAAGGGAAAAGGAUGUCUUCCUCAGGCCAGGAGAACCACAGCAGUCAGACAGACAAUGUCAUCCUAGCCUGACCACUUUCCACAUGGCUUAGCCUCUGUUUAGGGGAGACUUCAAAACAUCGGUUGCCUGAAAAUAUAAUUUAAGCAAUAAAAGAAAAGAGACCGGAAUGAGUGUUUUCUUACAUUUUAUUACCCUGGUGUACAGAAAAGGUGAUUCAAAUUUUAACCACAUAGAUAGAUUUAUAAACAGAAUGAACUCACAUUAAGAGAA